AUGAAUAGAAGCAAUAAAAAGGUUAAUUUGUCGACUUUUCGAAAAAUUGUUCUGGAAUAUCAGGCUGCAAACGAAAAUUCCAAAGAUCGAGCAAAGAAAUCAAGAGAAACGGACAAGUUCAACAAUGAAAAAUCGCAUGAGCAGCAGCAGCAGACUUUCAAUGGUUAUUUUUCUUCAAAACUGCUUUUCAAAAGUCCUCACAAGGUUUAAAGGAGCAUGGGGGUGAAAUUUAUUAAGGUCUCAGGGCGAAAAAGUUUUAGCAAGCGUUUUCGACGUUUAUAUUUCCCUCACCUAUAGCGUGAAUCGACUAGCUUAGAAUGAUAAAGGGGCGUGGCCUGUCUGCGCCCUCCACCAACUAGACACUCUCUCUUUUUUCGUGUCAGGACCCGUUUUUGACAGUUCAAGCUUGCAAAUCAUUUGAAAACCCUCACUUCUCUAACACUCUCCAUCCCUUCCCUUUUCUCUAGCUCCUGCCGAAACCGUGAGGGUCGGGUGCAACCUCUCCUCACAACGUUUAAAGGAGCAUGGGGGGUGAAAUUUAUUAAGUUCUCGUGGGGAAGAGUUUUCCAGCAAGAAUUUUACGCCUCUCAUUUAUAGAGACGUAAAGACACAUACGUGAAUUGACUAGUUGGGAACGAUAAAGGGGCGUGGCCUGUCUGCGCCCUCCACCAAAUAUACACUCUCUCUCGUUUUUCGCGCCAUGACCCAUUUUUCGAUGGCUCAAGCCAGUCGUGAAUUCUCUUGAAAAAUGCUCCGCUAACUUCUCUAACACCCUCCAUCCCUUCCCUUUUCUCUAGACCCUACCAAAACCGUGAGGGUCGGGUGCAACCUCCUACCAAACUCCACCAUAACAAUCUCCAAUUUCAGAAGCGCCAAAUGGUCCGGGUCCGCCAAAAUUACAAGGAUCCGCUGAAACAAUCCCUUCGGGGAGAUCAAAAUUACUCAAGUUUGACGUAAAAUCAAAUAUUUCAACGAUACAAAAGCUUCAGAAAUAAAAAAUCGGUGAAGCAAUCGAUCAAGAAGUUGCACGGGGUUAGAAGCUCAGAGAGACAGUCGAAAGUAUGUAUUCCUGAUCGGAAAUUGUAAGGAAAAGCUCAUUUUCAGCCGAUUGGCAGCAAGAAGGAGAAGAAAAGAGGGGUGAGAUUCGGGUAAAAUCCUUUUUGGUACAAAUAAUCGAUCUUCAGGUACCGAGUGCUACAUCGGUGAUGCCGGAAACGGAAAAAAUUAGGACGAAUGAACAGGUUUGUGAUAUACUGUAUCAUUCACUAGGAAAGUUUUGAAUGAUUAUUUUCAGAACGGUGUCAGCAAGAAGGACCGGAAUCGGAAGGUUUUAUUGAUUUUUCCUAGUAGUUGGGAAUGGCUGAACAUAAACCGCAGCGCGACCGCAACGCAUCAAGGGGGUUCAAAGCUAAAACUCAUUAGAAUGGCUUUGAGCCGUUCCAAGAGGAAUAGCCGCAGUUUGAAUGGCUCAGCUUGGAACGAGCCGCAGCGCGACCGCGAAGCGUUGAUCCAUUCCAUGUUGAAACCUGAUACCGCAGUGGGAAUGGCUCAAGAUGGCUGCACCUAGAGUCGCAUCGCAACCGCGACGCAGACGAACCGCAACCGCGAAGCGUUGAUCCAUUCCAAGUUGAAAACCUGAUACCGCAGUGGGAAUGGCUCAAGAUGGCUGCACCUAGAGUCGCAUCGCAACCGCGACGCAGACGAACCGCAACCGCGACGCGUUGAUCCAUUCCAACUUGAAAACUGAUACCGCAGUGGGAAUGGCUUAAUGUGGCUGCACGUAGAGUCGCACCGCAACCGCAACCGCGACGCGUUGAUCCAUUCCAAGUUGAAAAACUGAUACCGCAGUGGGAUUGGCUUAAUAUGGCUGCACAUAGAGUCGCACCGCAACCGCAACCGCGACGCGUUGAUCCAUUCCAAGUUGAAAAACUGAUACCGCAGUGGGAAUGGAUGGCACGUAGAGUCAUUCAAUGUGGCACGUAGAGUCAUUCCAGGGUCAUAAGAGAAUAGACGCGAUUGAGCCAUUCCAGAUGACAAGUUUUUGGGAAUGGCUCGAUGUGAAGCCUGAAGAUCAAAGCAUUCCAAAGUCCUCAAAAAGAAGCCGACCAUUGAUUGAUUCCAAAAUUGACAGAACCGGAGCUCGACGGCGGUCGCCGAGAAGAGCGACGCGAACAAGGACAACGACGCGUCGGUGUUGAUGGACCAGAAUCAGGUCACCAUGCCGAUUUCCAACGUUUUCACGGCGCCGACGCUAUCGCCCGCCACCACCACCAUCAACACCAACAAUCCUCUCUCGGUUGCGCUGACGGGACCCUCACCCGGUACGUUGACCGCCCUGCCGCCCGCCACGUCUCCAGCUUCGAUGACUUCUACCGUCCCGUCGGUUGGGUCAGUCGAUAGGAAAUGACGUCAGAGAUUCAAAUAUCCAGGUCAAAAAUGUCGUAUGAUUCAUAUCUAUCGGCUCCCAUUACGUCAGAGGGCCAAGAAAUCCCAAGGGGUGGAAAUUUCCAAAGUUAUUUAUGUCAAUCGAUAGGAAAUGACGUCAGAAACUUAAAUAUCCGGGUCAAAAAUGUUCUUUGAUUCAUAUCUAUUGGCUUACAUGACGUCAGAGGGCCAAAAAAAAUCCCAAGGGGUGGAGAUUUCCAAAGUUAUUCACGUAAAUCGAUAGGAAAUGACGUCACGAAAUCAAAUAUCCAGGCCAAAAAAGUCCUAUGAUCCAUAUCUAUUGGCUUACAAGACGUCAGAGGGCCAAAAAAAAUCCCAAGGGGUGGAAAUUUCCAAAGUUAUUCACGUAAAUCGAUAGGAAAUGACGUCACGAAAUCAAAUAUCCAGGCCAAAAAAGUCCUAUGAUCCAUAUCUAUUGGCUUACAAGACGUCAGAGGGCCAAAAAAAAUCCCAAGGGGUGGAAAUUUCCAAAGUUAUUCACGUAAAUCGAUAGGAAAUGACGUCACAAAUUCAAAUAUCCAGAUCAAAGAUGUCCUAGACUUCUAGAGAAAAAGAUAUUAUUUUUCAAAGAUUGUCCUUUUUACUAGAUUUCUAGGAAGCUGGGUACUUGGAGAUCUUGUUUUUCUAGAUCACCUUGAUCUCCUUUAUCGAUCGAUGUAUGAUCUAUAUCUAUUGGCUUCCAUGACGUCAGAGGGCCAAAAAAAUCCAAAGGGGUGGAAAUUUGCCAAAUUAAUCAUGUCAAUCGAUAGGAAAUGAAGUCAGGGAUCUAAAUUCAACAAAAAAAAGUUUCUGUAGUGAUACAACCCGACAAAAAAUAAAAAAAAAACCUCAAAAAAAGUUAAAAUAAACUUUUCCAUUAGAUUCCGUUGGAAAGGUCCUUGUGCGGAAGUGUUGAGCAGAAAAAAGCCGAAAUUUUUUUUAAAAAGUCAUUUAGAACAGGUGUAAGGUGAAGCUUCGUACCUUUUUGAAUUUUUUUGAAGAGCUUUUUAGAAGCCCUAAUCUUCUCUCUGAGGAUUUAGGAAGGUUCGAAAAGGCCUUUGGAAUCUCUAAAACUUACAAUUUUGCAUUCAUGGAAAAAAAUAUAAGGCUUUUUCAAGGAGAAAAUACUUUUUGAAAAAUUUAAGAUCUUUUUGAAAUUGUUCUAAUCUCAUCUAUUAACUUAUCAGUACGAAAAUAUAAUUUUUCUCAAAGUUUGAAUUUUUUUUUCCUUCAGAAGCUUUCUGAAGCUUCUCGAAGUUCGAAAAUUUAUGAAGCCUUUUUUAUUUUUCGCAAAAAAACCAAUAAUUCAGGAAAACAACGGAAAUGACAGUGGAGAAAAAAGAAAAAACAAGUGCUGAAAAAAAAGAUCAAGCGAGAAAGGACAGUGGGACAAAAGAGAAAGGGAAGAAGGAAAUGAGCAAGGAACUGCACAAGAGCAGCAAAACCAAGGUAGAAACUUGUCUUUUUUCCCAUUUUUCUGAACUUUCUAGGGAUUCUUAAUGCAAAAAAUUCAACUUCUAAGCCUUCUUUUUCAUACCAAAACAUUAUUUUCCUCAUUUUGAAGCAAAAAAUCGGUGACGAACGACGGCCCGAGAAUUCAAACGAUGACAGGGCACCAGGGGAACGUCACAGUUAAAUUAAACAAAAAAUUAAACUUUGAAAAUUUCAGAAAAGAAACCAGCGAACCGAUGGCAGAAGAAACUGCAGUUUUUAGCGGUAACUAAAAAUUUUUUUUUCUAAAUUUCCCCAAAAAUUCCAAGACAUCUGCCUAACAGUUAAGAAAUGAGGCCGCGGCAGUUGGCGAAUCCUGGCCGCCAACGCUCCCGGCCCAUUUAGUAUAGUGGUUAGUACUCCACGUUGUGGCCGUGGCGACGCAGGUUCGAUUCCUGCAAUGGGCAACUUCUUUUUUUGCCAUUUUUUGAAAAAUAUUUGGAGCUCUUUUUAGGCUUCAAAAAAUGGAAAAAGCAAAGAAUUGAAAUUACCACCUUUUCAAGACAAUCGGGAACCUUCGCGAGGGCGACGUCUACUUUCCGGCGAUAAGUCGGAUGCUUCGGAUGGACAACGCGAAAACGUCGUCGGAUCGUCGGUGGGGCGAGUAUACGCCGGAAGUUUUGGCCACCUAUCCGCCACCGGUCGAGUCACGCGAGCUGUUGAAUAACGAGAACGACGGGAAGCUCUUUGUCAUGGUGAGGGAAUUUGACUAGGCCGAAAAAAAAAGGCAGAAGUGCCCGAAAAAAUGCUCUGAAGGCCUUGAAAGCCGAAUUUUCGAAUGAAAAAGUGAGGAAAUGUGUAAUUUUUGGAAAAUUGAGAUACUUUCUGUAGCUUCUUCGCAACUGUGUGCGUUUUGUUUUCUGCAAGAUGGACUGGGAAAUUUUUAGCGAUCACUUUAGGGUUUUGAUGUUUUAGUGACCACUAUAGUAGUCGAUUUAAUGACCACUCAAGUGGCUAAAAAUUAGUGGUGUUUGAGUGGUACUACUAGACUACCGAAAAUUCUAGAAGCUUCUAUAGAGGUUGUCUUAGUGGUCCCUUUAGUGACCUCUCCAAAUAGUCCUUAAGGCAUCUCUUAAGUGGGAAUAUCCCAUCGUCAGGUAAAAGAGAUUUACACCGUAAAUUAGGCCAUAAGCAUCAAAUUUGAUCGAAAACCCACAGACAAAAAGAAAAAUAAGCCCAACUGCCUUAAGAAAAUGAGCCUAACCUCCACAAAAUCCAGGGGAACCCAUUCUGGAUCGAGAAAAUGAAAGAGAUCCCGACGGUAAAGCUGAUUUCGAAGGUUCUUCUCGAGGAGCACGACGGUCGGUACGUCCUGACGCCCGCUUUGCCCCCUCCGUAGGUUCUGGAAGACGAUUCUGGAUCAAUAUCUGAACUUCUCAGGGAGUUUGACGUCUACGCGCCGGUUGAAGAGCUCGUUCAACACGACAAACACUUUGAGGAGAAGCUGGUUCGUGACGGGAGCUCCAGAGCGGUCCCUAUAGGGGCACUUGGAGGGUCCCCUCUAGGGACAACUUCACCACCACUAUAGGGGCCACUGAAGCUUGUAAAAGUGGCCACUAGAGGGGAUGAACUCCAUGUGAAGAAGAAUUUCCAUGGGGAAAACUAAACAAAUAACCUUGUUUGAAUAAAAUUGAAAGACCCCUAUAGGGACCACUUGAGCUUUAGAGGCUAAGGGGUCCGACCCUAAACCCCCAUAGGGACCAUUUUUUCGGCCCACAUAGGGGCUUUUUUUCCCUUCAACCCCUAGAGGGACCACUCUAAAGUUCCUAAGUAUAGUCAAACCUUUCCGAUUUGAAAAGCGAGGAGCUCUUUUUUUCCCUGACCCCUACAGGGACCACUCGGGCGCUUCUAGUACAUCGAAUUGUAGUGUAAAAAUAACCAACCGAAUUUUAUAAGACGAGAAAAACGUUUUGGAAGCUUAAAAAUGACUGGAAAUCCGAUUUUUCCUCGAAUAUCAGUUUGUAGUGGAAUAAAGUUACGGACCCUUUUUCAAACCAAUAAUUUUUUUCAGAUGGUGAGUAACGUGAUACGGACGAUCAAAGAGUUCACUCACCCCCCGGGAACAGCAGCCAAGGUAAAUUAUUUUCGAAAAAUUAUUUCUUCCGUAAAAAGUAAAAGUUAUAGGGAGAAAAAAAUUCUCCUACGGGGGUAUACUAAAGGACCCCCUACGGCACUCCCUAUAGGGCCCUUUAAAUCUUAAAAUCUCUUUAGGAGCCACUUCAGAAGAAGAAAAACCCCUACGGCGGUAUACCAAAAGACCCCUACAGCACUCCCUAUAGGGUUCUCUAAAUGUUAAAAUCCCUUUAGGAGCCACUUCAGAAGAAAAAAACACCAUAAGGGGGUAUACUAAAGGACCCCCUACGGCACUCCCUAUAGGGCCCUCUAAAUCUUAAAAUCUCUUUAGGAGCCACUUCAGAAGAAGAAAAACCCCUACGGCACUCCCUAUAGAGCCCUCUAAAUCUUAAAAUCUCUUUAGGAGCCACUUCAGAAGAAGAAAAACCCCUACGGCACUCCCUUUAGGACCCACUAAAUUUCAAAAAUCCCUUUAGGAGCCACUUCAGAAGAAGAAAAACCCCUACGGCACUCCCUAUAGAGCCCUCUAAAUCUUAAAAUCUCUUUAGGAGCCACUUCAGAAGAAGAAAAACCCCUACGGCACUCCCUAUAGGGCCCUCUAAAUCUUAAAAUCUCUUUAGGAGCCACUUCAGAAGAAGAAAAACCCCUACGGCGGUAUACCAAAAGACCCCUACAGCACUCCCUAUAGGGUUCUCUAAAUGUUAAAAUCCCUUUAGGAGCCACUUCAGAAGAAAAAAACACCAUAAGGGGGUAUACUAAAGGACCCCCUACGGCACUCCCUAUAGGGCCCUCUAAAUCUUAAAAAUCUCUUUUAGGAGCCACUUCAGAAGAAGAAAAAAACCCCUACGGCACUCCCUAUAGAGCCCUCUAAAUCUUAAAAAUCUCUUUUAGGAGCCACUUCAGAAGAAGAAAAAAACCCCUACGGCACUCCCUUUAGGACCCACUAAAUUUCAAAAAUCUCUUUAGGAGCCACUUCAGAAGAAGAAAAACCCCUACGGCACUCCCUAUAGAGCCCUCUAAAUCUUAAAAUCUCUUUAGGAGCCACUUCAGAAGAAGAAAAACCCCUACGGCACUCCCUAUAGGGCCCUCUAAAUCUUAAAAUCUCUUUAGGAGCCACUUCAGAAGAAGAAAAACCCCUACGGCACUCCCUAUAGGGCCCUCUAAAUCUUAAAAAUCUCUUUUAGGAGCCACUUCAGAAGAAGAAAAAAACCCCUACGGCACUCCCUUUAGGACCCUCUAAAUUUCAAAAAUCCCUUUAGGAGCCACUUCAGAAGAAGAAAAACCCCUACGGCACUCCCUAUAGAUUCUCUAAAUCUUAAAAUCUCUUUAGGAGCCACUUCAGAAGAAGAAAAACCCCUACGGCACUCCCUAUAGAUUCUCUAAAUCUUAAAAUCUCUUUAGGAGCCACUUCAGAAGAAGAAAAACCCCUACGGCACUCCCUAUAGAGCCCUCUAAAUCUUAAAAUCUCUUUAGGAGCCACUUCAGAAGAAGAAAAACCCCUACGGCACUCCCUUUAGGACCCUCUAAAUUUCAAAAAUCCCUUUAGGAGCCACUUCAGAAGAAGAAAAACCCCUACGGCACUCCCUAUAGAUUCUCUAAAUCUUAAAAUCUCUUUAGGAGCCACUUCAGCUUUUUCCAGUCUUUAAAAAAAUGAGCCCAUAACUUCAGGAAACUCCCGAGCAGCCCCGUAAAAAUUCAAAUCCGCGAGCCAAGCCACCAAUACUACUACAAUCGGUUCGUAUCUUUUUUUCAAUUCAAAAAAAUAGUUUUCAAAAAUCUUCAGGAGAAGGCCAUUUGA